CACACACUCGGCCUCGCUCCAAGGUCCUGAGCAGUCAUGGCGCUCGCUCGCUUCCUUGUUGUCCUCCUCGGCGCGGCAUUGGCGUCGCUGCUCCUCUCCUCCUGUGCAGAUGCGUCCGAGGUGGGCGUGAGCUAUGGGAGGGUGGCGAACGACCUGCCGGACCCGGCGAAGGUGACGCAGCUGCUCAAGGACAACGGCAUCACCAUGGUCAGGAUAUACGACGCCAAACAGGAGGUGCUGAGGUCGCUGGCCAACACCGGGAUAAAGGUGAUGGUGAUGGUGCCAAACGAGAACAUCGCGGAGGCGGCCAGGAACCCCUCGUACGCGCUCCAGUGGGUGCGGGACAACGUGAAGGCCUACUACCCCGCCACGCAGAUCCACGGCGUCGCCGUGGGCAACGAGGUGUUCGACUCGAGGCCGGACCUGACGAGGCAGCUCGUCCCGGCCAUGACCAACGUCCAGGCGGCGUUGGCGCAGCUGGGCCUCGCCGACGCCGUGAAGGUGUCCACGCCGAUCGCGUUCACCGCGGUCGAGAACACGUUCCCGCCGUCCCGGGGCAGGUUCAAGGACGAAAUCGCGGAGCCGGUGAUGAAGCCCAUGCUCCAGUUCCUGAAGAGAACCGGCUCCUACCUCACCAUGAACAUGUACCCGUUCUGGGCGUACUACAACCAACCACACGACAUCAACCUGGACUACGCCCUGGGCAACUCCAAUCCCGGCGUCCCCGACGACGACACCAGCCUCAAGUACUACAACCUCCUCGACGCCGAGCGCGACGCCGCGCACUCUGCGAUGGACGAUUUGGUCCCCGGCGUGAGCUUAUCUCUCACGGAGACCAAUUGGCCGCCGCACGGAAAACCCCAUCACGGCGGCGGACACCGCGGCGGGAGGCGUUUGGAGGACGACGGCGACGGGGUGUUCACGAUAGCCAACGCGCAAGCGUACGUCAAUAACCUCAUCAACCGCGUGCUGACCGGCAACACGGGCACCCCUCUCCGCCCCAACGCGCCAUUGGACGUGUACAUCUUCGCUCUCUUCAACGAGAACCAAAAGGGCGACGGGCCGGACGACAUCGAGCAGAACUUUGGGCUGUUCUACCCCAACAUGCAGAAGGUGUACGCGUUCAGCUUCCAAGGCAGCGGCGCGCCACCAGGAGGACAGACGGCGAGCUGGUGCGUGGCGAAUGCGGCCGUGGGGGACUCGCGGCUGCAGGCGGCGCUGGACUGGGCGUGCAGCCACGGCGCGGACUGCGGCGCCAUCCAGCCCGGCGCGUCGUGCUUCGAGCCCGACACCAAGCUCGCACAUGCCUCGUAUGCGUUCAACAGCUACUACCAGCGUAACAACAAGGCCAGCGGGUCGUGUGACUUCGCCGGCGCCGCCUCCGUCGUCUACCAGGAGCCAAGCAUGUGCAGUGCAAAGGCAAGCUGGUGCGUGGCGAACGCGGCAGUCGGGGACGGGCGGCUGCAGGCGGCGCUGAAUUGGGCGUGCAGCAACGGCGCGGACUGCAGCGACACCCAGCCCGGCGCGGCAUGCUUCGAGCCCAACACCAAGGUUGCGCACGCCUCGCACGCGUUCAACAGCUAUUACCAGCGUAAGCAUAGGGCCAGCGGCACGUGCGACUUCGCCGGCGCCGCCUCCGUCGUCUACGAGGAGCCAAGGAUUGGAAACUGCGCGCUUCCAUCCAGGGCCUGAACUGAAGCGACAACACUGCAUCCUGGAGGAGGAUGCACUACCAUCUUGUUACUUGGUGUCUACUCUCUAUGAAACUAAGAAAUAAAACCCCGGUACUUGGGAAGCUGUUCGUUCAGUCAUAUUCCUACUUGGUGUGAGCUACUUAGCAAGUACUGCUCUCUACGAGAGAGCGAGUAUCCUAGUAUAUAAAUCCAUGGGGAUCCCCCUAAUGUAAAUAUCCUAAUCACCGGAAUAACAAAAUCUUCACAUGUGCUUUGUGUCUC